CUUUUACAGUUGUUGUUGGUGGUGUCUUUCUCUCAGGCUGAGGUGUCGGUCUGUAAGCACAGAGGAGACCCUGAGAAUCCCCAGAUUUCUAAGGAUGGAGACAUUAUGUUGGGAGGGAUCUUUUCUUUCCACAGCAGCUGGAAAGACAGAAAGGAUACCUACAUGCACAAACCACAGUCACUGCAGUGUACCAGUUUGAAUUUCAGGGGCUUCCAGUUUGCCCAGGCUAUGCUAUUUGCUAUUGAAGAGAUUAACAACAAAACAGACAUUUUGCCUGGUAUAUCUCUGGGCUAUAAGCUCUAUGACACCUGUGGCUCCAUUGCUAGAGGAGUGAGAGUUGCACUGGCCUUGGCUAAUGAUAAUGAAGAUGAAUCUUCACUCUCAGAGGCACCAUGUACCAGACCAGCCCAAGUUUUGGCCAUUAUGGGAGAGACAUCUUCAUCUCCUUGCAUGGCUAUAGCCACUGUCAUUGGACCCUUUCAUAUCCCACUGAUAAGUCAUUUUGCCACCUGUGCUUGUCUCAGUAAUAAAGUCAAGUAUCCAUCUUUCCUAAGAACAAUACCCAGUGAUUACUACCAGAGCAGAGCUCUGGCCCAGUUGGUCAAGCAUUUUGGUUGGACUUGGGUAGGAGCAAUUAGAACAAAUGAUGAUUAUGGCAAUAAUGGCAUGGCCACUUUCACAGAAACAGCUCAGCAGCUGGGUAUCUGUUUGGAGUACUCUGUAUCCUUCUUUAGAACUGAUCCACCAGACAAAAUACAAAAGAUAAUUAACAUUAUCAAGACUUCCACCUCUAAGGUGAUUGUUGCUUUUCUCUCUCACAUGGAUAUGGAUGUGUUAAUACAUGAAUUGUCCUACCAUAACUUGACUGGGUACCAGUGGGUUGGCAGCGAGAGCUGGAUCUUUGAUUCACAAACUGCAGCUAUGGAUAGGCAUCACAUUCUCGAUGGUGCCAUAGGCUUGUCCAUCCCUAAAGCACAAGUCAGUGGCAUGAGAGAGUUCAUGGUGGAUGUGAAGCCACUCAAUACAUCUAAUAAUCAAAUGUUUACAGAGUUCUGGGAAACAUUAUUUAGCUGUAAGUUCAAGCAGACAAAGUCAGCAACAGGGAAUCAGAGAAAAUGUACUGGAGAUGAAGAUCUGACUGAAGUGCACAACAGCUUCACUGAUAUGUCACUCAUGCCUAUCUUUAACAAUGUCUAUAAAGGAGUGUAUGCUGUGGCUCAUGCACUUCAUAAUAUUCUUGGCUGUAAUAAAACAUGUCACACCAAUGUGCAGCUAGAUCCAUUUACGAUUUUACAACACAUAAAAAGGAUUCGAUUCAAAACUAAGGAAGGAGAUGAGGUUUACUUCAAUAAGAAUGGAGACCCAGCGGCAAAGUAUGAAAUUAUAAACUGGCAGCCAACAGAAAACAACAUUGUGGACUUUGUGACAGUCGGUCUUCAUGAUGCAUCUUUACCUGCAGACAAACAGCUGAAUAUGCUAAAUAAGUCUUUAAUUUGGGCAAAGAACUCACACCAGGUGCCUUUGUCAGUUUGCAGUGAAAUGUGUCCCCCAGGAACACGUAAAGUUCUCCAGAAAGGAAAGCCUGUCUGCUGCUAUGACUGUAUAAGGUGUGCAGAGGGAGAAUUUAGCAACAGUACAGAUUCUAUCACCUGUGUGCGCUGUCACCCUGAAUUCUGGUCAAAUAAGAGAAGAGAUGCCUGUGUAAAGAAGGACGCAGAGUUUCUAUCAUAUGAAGAGAUUAUGGGAGCACUGCUCACUGCAGCAUCCUUAUUUGGAACAUGUAUGACUGCUGCUGUGGCGUUCAUUUUCUUCAGAUACAGGAAAACUCCAAUUGUCAGAGCCAACAACUCUGAGCUGAGCUUUCUGCUGCUCUUCUCCUUGACUCUGUGUUUCCUGUGUUCUCUGACCUUCAUAGGUCAGCCGUCUGAGUGGUCCUGCAUGCUGCGUCACACAGCGUUCGGCAUCACCUUUGUGCUCUGCAUCUCUUGUGUUCUGGGGAAAACUAUUGUGGUGUUAAUGGCCUUCAGGGCAACACUCCCUGGCAGUAAUAUGAUGAAAUGGUUUGGGCCUACACAGCAGAGACUCAGUGUUCUGGCUUUCACUCUCAUACAGGUUGUCAUAUGCAUCCUCUGGUUAGCAAUUUCUCCUCCUUUCCCUUUUAAAAAUUUUAAAGAAUUUAAAGAUAAAAUCAUCUUAGAGUGUGCUCUGGGAUCAGCGAUAGGCUUUUGGGCUGUGCUCGGCUACAUAGGACUUCUGGCUAUGUUAUGUUUCAUUCUUGCUUUUCUGGCAAGGAAACUACCUGAUAACUUUAACGAAGCCAAAUUUAUUACUUUUAGCAUGCUGAUAUUUUGUGCAGUCUGGAUCACCUUCAUCCCAGCUUAUGUCAGCUCUCCUGGGAAAUUCAGUGUUGCUGUGGAGAUAUUUGCUAUACUGGCCUCCAGUUUUGGAUUGCUCAUAUGUAUAUUUAUUCCAAAAUGUUAUAUAAUUUUACUGAAACCAGAGAAGAACACCAAAAAGAAUAUGAUGGGUAAGGGUGCACCAAAAAGAGAACCAAAGCUUGAGGUUGACCUCAUCAGCGAGGAUGAGUACCCUGCUACAUCCGGUCCUCUGCUGCCUAAACCAUCCCUUAUCCCUUCAACUCUUAUCCUUUUUGUUCUGUUGAACAAAGGAACUUGUGCUACUGAACUGGAUGCUAUUUCAGACACGCUAAUGGAGAGACAACGUGAAUAUCUAGAGCCUCAGUUCGUUCAACUUCACGAAAUGGGUAAAGGCACAGAGGAUAAAUUGAACACGAUUCAGUCUGAUCUGGCCUCGCUCUUGGCGAGUAUUGGUGUGGUGAAAGCAGAUAUUUCGGCUCUGAAGAGCACUGUCAAGGAAAACUCGAUGGCAGUGACUAACCAUGAGACGGCGCUGCAUACACUUGAACUCAAACUCGCAGACAUGAAAGACAGAAUAGAGGCUGCAACGUUCGUAUCAUCGGCUUUUCAUUGUGACCAGACCGACUUUAUGAAAUUGCGCCUGGCCUCUGACAAUAUCCGCAGACUGCUGCAUGUAGUCGAUGCAGCAACUGACAUCAAAACCCUGGCAGCUGUUUUAUCCCUGGAUGCGAUGAAGGCGUUCGACUGCCUUGAGUGGUCGUUUUGUGUGGUUUACAGAAUGACUUCUACACAGAGGUGGCCAGAGCAAGGUUGGGCACUUUUACAGCUGUUUUUGGUGGCAUCUUUCUCUCAGGCUGAGGAGCAACUAUGCAGGCACAGAGGAGAUCCUGAGAACUCCCAGCUGUCUAAGGAUGGAGACAUUAUGUUGGGGGGGAUCUUUUCUUUCCACAGCAGAUGGAAAGACAGAAAGGAUACCUACAUGCACAAACCACAGCCACUGCAGUGCACUAGUUUGAAUUUCAGAGGGUUCCAGUUCACCCAGGCCAUGCUAUUCGCUAUAGAAGAGGUUAACAAUAACACAGACAUUUUGCCUGGUAUAUCUCUGGGCUAUAAGAUCUAUGAUGCCUGUGGCUCCAUUGCUAGAGGGGUGAGAGUUGCACUGGCCUUGGCUAAUGGUAACGAACAUUCAUCUUCACUCUCAGAGGCACCAUGUACCAGACCAGCCCAAGUUCAGGCCAUUAUGGGAGAGACAUCUUCAUCUCCUUGCAUGGCUAUAGCCACUGUCAUUGGACCCUUUCAUAUCCCACUGAUAAGUCAUUUUGCCACCUGUGCUUGUCUCAGUAAUAAAGUCAAGUAUCCAUCUUUCCUAAGAACGAUACCCAGUGAUUACUACCAGAGCAGAGCUCUGGCCCAGUUGGUCAAGCAUUUUGGUUGGACUUGGGUAGGAGCAAUUAGAACAAAUGAUGAUUAUGGCAAUGAUGGCAUGGCCACUUUCACAGAAACAGCCCAGCAGCUGGGUAUCUGUCUGGAGUACUCUGUAUCCUUCUUUAGAACUGAUCCACCAGACAGAAUACAAAAGAUAAUUAACAUUAUCAAGACUUCUACCUCUAAGGUGAUUGUUGCUUUUCUCUCUCAUAUGGAUAUGGAUGUGUUAAUACAUGAAUUGUCCUACCAUAACUUGACUGGGUACCAGUGGGUUGGCACAGAGGGCUGGAUAUUUGAUUCUCAAACCGCAGCUAUGGAUAGGCAUCACAUUCUCGAUGGUGCCAUAGGCUUGUCCAUCCCUAAAGCACAAGUCAGUGGCAUGAGAGAGUUCAUGGUGGAUGUGAAGCCACUCAAUACAUCUAGUAAUCAAAUGUUUACAGAGUUCUGGGAGACAUUAUUUAGCUGUAAGUUCAAGCAGACAAAGUCAGCAACAGGGAAUCAAAGAAAAUGUACUGGAGAUGAAGAUCUGACUGGAGUGCACAACAGCUUCACUGAUAUGUCACUCAUGCCUAUCUUUAACAAUGUCUAUAAAGGAGUGUAUGCUGUGGCUCAUGCACUUCAUAAUAUUCUUGGCUGUAAUAAAACAUGUCACACCAAUGUGCAGCUAGAUCCAUUUACGAUUUUACAACACAUAAAAAGGAUUCGAUUCAAAACUAAGGAAGGAGAUGAGGUUUACUUCAAUGAGAAUGGCGACCCAGUGGCAAAGUAUGAAAUUAUAAACUGGCAGCCAACAGAAAACGGCACCGUGGACUUUGUGACAGUUGGUCUUCAUGAUGCAUCUUUACCUGCAGACAAACAGCUAAAUUUGGAAAAUAAGUCUUUAAUUUGGGCAAAGAACUCACACCAGGUGCCUUUGUCAGUUUGCAGUGAAAUGUGUCCCCCAGGAACACGUAAAGUUCUCCAGAAAGGAAAGCCUGUCUGCUGCUAUGACUGUAUAAGGUGUGCAGAGGGAGAAUUUAGCAACAGUACAGAUUCUAUCACCUGUGUGCGAUGUCACCCUGAAUACUGGUCAAAUGAGAGAAGAGAUGCCUGUGUAAAGAAGGAUGCAGAGUUUCUAUCAUAUGAAGAGAUUAUGGGAGCACUGCUCACAGCAGCAUCCUUAUUUGGAACAUGUAUGACUGCUGCUGUGGCGUUCAUUUUCUUCAGAUACAGGAAAACUCCAAUUGUCAGAGCCAACAACUCUGAGCUGAGCUUUCUGCUGCUCUUCUCCUUGACUCUGUGUUUCCUAUGUUCUCUGACCUUCAUAGGUCAGCCGUCUGAGUGGUCCUGCAUGCUGCGUCACACAGCGUUCGGCAUCACCUUUGUGCUCUGCAUCUCUUGUGUUCUGGGGAAAACUAUUGUGGUGUUAAUGGCCUUCAGGGCAACACUCCCUGGCAGUAAUAUGAUGAAAUGGUUUGGGCCUACACAGCAGAGACUCAGUGUUCUGGCUUUCACUCUCAUACAGGUUGUCAUAUGCAUCCUCUGGUUAGCCAUUUCUCCUCCUUUCCCUUUUAAAAAUUUUAAAGAAUUUAAAGAUAAAAUCAUCUUAGAGUGUGCUCUGGGAUCAGCGAUAGGCUUUUGGGCUGUGCUUGGCUACAUAGGACUUCUGGCUAUGUUAUGUUUCAUUCUUGCUUUUCUGGCAAGGAAACUACCUGAUAACUUUAACGAAGCCAAAUUUAUUACUUUUAGUAUGCUGAUAUUUUGUGCAGUCUGGAUCACCUUCAUCCCAGCUUAUGUCAGCUCUCCUGGGAAAUUCAGUGUUGCUGUGGAGAUAUUUGCUAUACUGGCCUCCAGUUUUGGAUUGCUCAUAUGUAUAUUUAUUCCAAAAUGUUAUAUAAUUUUGCUGAAACCAGAGAAGAACACCAAAAAGAAUAUGAUGGGUAAGGGUGCACCAAAAUCAUUCUGA